AUGUUGAGUCGCCGCCCGUGGUCGUUGAUCGGUCUUAGGAGGCGGCGGAAGCCCCAGUCAGCAGAGCAGCCCAAGGAUGAAGAUCAAAAGAACAGCAGCAAGCCCCCAAUGGGGGGAGGGGACCAGACCGCCUCGUUCGGCUGGUCGCGCGUGGGUCGUGUGGCCAAGCGUGGUCUGUCCUGCCUGCGGCAACGCGCGGGCAGCCCAAAACAGCAGGAGGAAAGAGCUGCCGACGCUGCCGUUGCUGCUGCUGGGUCGUCGUCCAACCGCCCUAGCUGGCCUCACGCUGGCGAGCAGGUCUACGUGACGGGCACCUUUGACCACUGGACCAAGUCGGUCAAGCUUGAGAAGGUUGGCGAUGUCUUCGAGAAGGAGGUGACACUCCCGGACAACGGCGAGAAGGUCUACUACAAGAGGGCCAAGGCUCGCGCGCCUGCCUUUCACUCCCACGCUCCCACGCUCCUCCCUUCGCCCCGCCUGGACCGCGCUGCCUCUUCUUUAUUUGUUGUGGACGGCGAGUGGACUAUCAACCAGGCGACGGCCAAGGAGAACGACCCGGACGGAAUCGAGAACAACUUCCUCACCUCUGACGAUCUUGUGAACGCGCCGGCCGAGACGGCUUUCAUCAACUCCGUUGGGCCCGAGUCCACCACCGCCGCGCUGGUCAAGGACGUCCCUGUGGAGGACGCGAAGGGCGAGCCCAAGGAAGAGCCCGGGGAGGAAACCAAGGACGAUCCCAAGGCGGAAUCCUCAGCCGACGCGACAGCCGACAUGGCCAAGGGAGACAAGGAGGCAGUUCCUGGGGCUUUCCCCGAGACCCCCGCCGCGGAUCUGGACAAGGAGUUCAAGGUCAGCCCGAUCGCUGCCUCGGAGGGUGCCGUCAACCCGAUCAAGCUUGCUCCCGGCGAGCCGAUCCCCGAGAGCGCAACUGCACAGGAUGUCAACGCAAACGUCAAGCUCGACCCGGAAUCGUACGAGAAGGCCGACACGCUGCCUGGCGUCUCGGAUCUCGCCGCACUGCUGCCCCCUGUUUCCAGCACUAUGAUUCCCGAGUCAAGCCUGCCCAUUGCCGGUGCCAAUGACGUCACCAUCAGCUCGGUCGGCCCUAACGCCACGACCGUUGCGCUCGCCGGCGAAGUCCCUCUGGAGCCCAAAGCGCCCGCUAUCGUGAAGGAGAGCCAGGAGAAGGCCGGAGUUGACCCCGAGGCCAGCGCCAUUGGCGAGGAGGUCAAGGAGAAGGCGCAGGUCGAGGCGGAGCUGCUCCAAAAGGUGCCCGAGGCUCCCUCCACUGCCGAGGGGACUGCCGGUCAGGGCACCGACAAGGCCGAGGCUGACAAGACGGUUGCCGAGACCGUCGCUGAGACUGCCGCCGGACUCGGCGCAACCGCUGUGGCCUCGGCUGUGGCGGCCAAGGAUGCUCUGGUUGAGCAGGCCACCGCAGCGGCCGCACAGCUUCCCGACUCUGUUAAGCAGAACCUCCCCGAGUCUGUGCAGCAGGCUAUUGCGCCGACCACCAAGGAGGAUAUCCGCCAGGAGGUCUCUCCCGAGGUGCCGGCCGAGGUCAAGGGGUCCAUCAAGGAGGCUGGCGAGAGCCCCGAGGCUGCUGCCAACACUGCCGCCGUUGAGGGGAAGAAGGAGGUUGAGGUUGAGCUCCUGAAGGAGGUCCAGGCCGUUGCCGCCGUUGGCGAGGAGUCGAAGAAGGCAGAAGAGACUCCCGAGGCCAAGAAGGCCGACGAGCCUGCUGAGCCCAAGAAGGCCGAGGAGGCGACGGCGGUCGAGCCGGUCGAGACGGCAGCGCCCGCUGCAGGUGCUGCCGCUGAGGCUAAGCCGGCCACCAACGGCACUACCACCGACUCGAACGCAACGGCGGCCAAGGCGACGACCGAGACGCCAGCGGCCAAGCCCGCUGAGGGAGCUAGCGCCCCCACGACCCCGGAGAAAAAGAAGAAGAAUAGGCUGAGCAUGAUGCUCAGCAAGAUCAAGUCCAAGGUCUCGUCUCACAAGUGA